GUAAAUAUCUACGCCGGUUCUUUUUAAUAGUGGGAACGGAUCGAUCGACUUAGGUUAAAAGCAGCACGAACGACGCCAUGUAGACCUCCCCAGGUACUUUGUUCUUUUUUUUUUUUCCCCUUUCUUCACCAUCCUAGGCUCUAGUCAUUCGUUUCACCUCCAAGAGCCCUUCUGCUAACCCCAAGGCACCAUGAGGAUUUCAAGUCUCCUGGGCGCUGCCCUGUUCGGCUCCUUUGCCACAGCCGCAGCCACGUCCACUUCAGUCCAGGGCUCUUUUGUCGUCGAGCUCCAGGACGGUGAGACCCCCGAGGCCUUGUACCAGACUCUCUCCAGCGAGGAUGGCCUCAAGACGCAGGAGCGCAGGAAGUUUUCCUCCAAGCUGUUCAACGGUGCCUCCUUCCAAGUCACUGGCACCAAGGGAGACUCUUCGCAGCUCCUCAACAUUAUCAAGUCCAAGCCUACGGUUAAGGCGGUUUGGCCUGUGCGGGCCGUGACCAUUGACCGAGGCGAGGAUGACAAGAACAACACGGUCACGGGUGACCAGCCCCUGGAUAUCAUCAAACGCCAGACCGCCGACGGAAACAGCAGCGAUGUCGACACUUUCAGGCCGCAUGUCGACACCCAGAUCAGCAUGCUGCAUGCCAAGGGCAUCAAGGGUAACGGCAAGCGUGUGGCCAUCAUCGACUCCGGCGUCGACUGGAAACACCCGGCUCUCGGUGGUUGUUUCGGUCCCGGUUGUCUGGUCGAAGGAGGAUGGGACUUUGUCGGUGACGCCGAUUUCGAGCCUGGAGUUGACGUACCGGUUCAAGAUUCUGACCCUUACGACAACUGUGAGGGCCAUGGCACCCAUGUUACGGGCAUUAUAGCUGCCCAGGCUAACCCGUACGGCUUCACGGGUGCUGCCCCGGGUGCCAAGAUCAGAAUGUAUCGUGCUUGGAACUGUCACCAAAAGUCGGACACCGACAUUUACAUCGCCGCCUUCCUCCGUGCUUUCGACGAGGGUGCAGAUGUUAUUUCGCUUUCUGCCGGACAAGACGGAGGUUGGGAGGAUGAGCCGUGGGCCAUGGUGGCUAGCCGCAUUGCGGAUGCCGGCGUGCCUGUGGUUGUCGCUGUGGGUAACGACGGCGGCGCUGGCAUGUUCUACACUUUGAACCCCGCCGCCGGCCACAGUGUCACGGGUGUUGGUUCGGUUAGGAACACUUUGCUCCCGGAGCUGGUCGCCGCGGGCUCCUACUCGACCGCCGAACAACAGAACGUUACCUUUGCUCUCCACCAGGGAACCCCGACCUUUCCUCACGAGAUGACCCUACCCCUGUGGGCCGUCGGGAACGAUACUACGUCUAUUAAUGAUGCCUGCAGCCCGCUCCCCGAUGACACGCCAGACCUCAGUGAUAAGCUUGUUCUGCUGCGAGUCCCGGAUUCCCGCGCCACUAGAUGCUAUCCCAUUGAUCAGGCUGCGAACAUUCUCGCCAAGGGAGGGCGCUACAUGGCUUACUACGUGCAGAGCAACGACUCUUUCAACGAUCAGUUUGUUUACGCAGACGGCAUCUCGGGCGUAUUGUCAGUUGCGCCCUUUCAGGGAGCUCAGUGGAUCGACCUCCUUAGUCGUGGUGUCGGCAUAAACGUCACAGUCCCAGGGCCUAGUGCACCCAACACCACUCUCAUUGAACUCGAGAACAAAGUCUCGGGUGGCUACAUGAACACCUUCACAACGUGGGGUCCUACCUACGAGCUUAAUUUGAAGCCCUCGAUCGCGGCACCUGGUGGAAGCAUCCUCGGUACCUUCCCCGUGGCCUUGGGAGGAUACCGCGUCAUGAGUGGAACGUCGAUGGCCUGUCCGCUGGCCGCAGCUUCCUUUGCGCUUGUGGGUGAGGUCAGGGGCACCAUGGAUCCCAAAUUGAUCGCCAGCCUGAUUGGUUCAACCUCGAGACCCUUGGUGUGGUUCGACGGUUCCACUAGCUACCCGGAUAAGCUCGCUCCCAUUGCCCAGCAGGGCUCCGGUAUCAUUCAAGUGUUCGACGCGGCGUACUCAAAGACGACUCUGAGCAGGGCAAACUUCGCCUUGAACGACACGGAGCACUUUGAAGGCACCCAAAAGUUCACCAUCGAGAACACGGGAUCCGAAGAGGCAACCUACGCGCUCGGCCACACCAGAGCCCCCACGCAGCACACCUUGACCACUACGAGCGACGGGUAUCUGAUACAGAACACCUUCCCCAACCCCAUGGUGGACACGUGGGCGUCGCUCCAGUUUAGCCAGGACUCUGUCACCGUCCCGGCCGGCGGCUCGGCCGAGGUCGAGAUCACCUUCACCCAGCCUCCUGUCACCAACGGGCUCAACGCCAGCCUGCUCCCCAUCUACGGCGGCUACGUCAACAUCAACAGCACCCGCGGCGAGAACCUCGUGAUCCCCUACCUCGGCGCGGCCGGCAGCAUGCGCUCUAUUCCCCUGCUGCCGAGCGACGCCGUCUACCUCGCCAACGGCUACGCGCCCUCCCCGGCCAACAGGACCUACACGCUCACCAAACCCUCGACGAACUCUACGCAGUCGAUCCCAGGCAAAUCACCCAACGACGAAGUGAACCUGCCCAACGUUUACUACCGCUCGCUGCUCGGCACGUCCAUCAUGUACGCGCAGGUCGUCUCGGCCGACGACGCUAAGAACACUGGCCCUAAGAGCCCAACCGGCAUCGCCACCAUGGGAGACGUCGACGGCUGGCCGCUGCGUCACCUCAGUCGCACCCAGCAGCGGGCCUAUUUUGUCGGCAAGCUGGCAGACGGCACUGUGGUGCCCGCCGGCUCGUACAAGAUAGUCCUCACCGCUCUGAGGGUGUUUGGUGACGAGUCCAAUGUCGACGAUUGGGACGUCCUCGAGACAGUGCCGUUCAACCUCGCAUACCAGUGAUUUUGCUUCUUGUAUUUUAAUGAUAAUGACAAAUCCCGCUGGGAUGUAGGCAAUCCUGGGGUCUAAAAAGGCAAACACUGCACCAGUUGGAUAUCUAGAAACUAGAGCUGGUUUAAUUUGGUUAAUAAAAAAAAAAGACUAGUUACAGAAGGCGUUGAACACAUUGCAAGUUUCCAUGACUUGGUGAAGUGUGUAGAUAAGAGUUUGUUGUCAGUGACAAGUGUAUUUGGGCCAAAUCUAGAGAGCUUUUCUGUCGCCCCUUUUGAUCUCUAAAGAGAAAAAGAUAAAAAAGCCACAACCAAGUACGUCAGCCAGACAAAGCUCAACAAACCAUCUCCUCCCCCCGUCGAAGAGUGCCCAGCUAUGUUUUUUGCCUCUGCCAUCCUUCAGCCUCGUAGUACAUCUUGCCAAAUCGAAAAGCCAACCGGGACGCCCAGAACGCCGACCAGAAUGCAUUUAAAAAAAAAGUUUCCACCCGGAAAAAUCCCCAUCGGCUCAUCAUCAACUUGACAGAGACAGCAGACAUGCGUAGCUACUAAAUUCCCAUUAUUGAUCCCUUUUGUUAUAAUCAGGGGGUGAACCGGCCUUGAUUUAUCAGCCAUCACCUGGGAACCAAUCUUUUGUUGUUGUUUUUUUUUUUCCCAGCUAGGUUGACGGAUGUGUGGUUCCUUGGCUUGGAAGAAAGCGAGUAACGGGUGUAAUUUCAAGAACAAUAUUUUGGUUUUUGUUUUGUCUCUUUUUCUUUUCCAUUACAACAACAGAACUAUCGCGUCUUCUAUCUCGCGACAGCUGCGCUGAGGACCUGGGUUCUGAAGAAACCGCCCUUUGUUCUCUCAAUGACCUGCUGGUAUACGCUGCUGUUGGGGUGGUUCAUGACGACGGUUCCCUCCUGGAAGUCAAUCUUGGCGUCGAGGCGCGUGUCGCGGAUGAGGUUAACGAUCCACUUCUCGCCCUCGUCCACGUUGAGACCGAGCUGCUCGCUGAGCCUCUUGAGGUCGAUACGUGCGUGGAUCUUGCAGUACGACUCAAAGAAGAGGUGGCGUGCUGCAUCGACGAACGAGUCGCCGAUCGACAUGAGGAAGAAGUCGGUCCUCAAGACCUCCUCGGCGCGCGGGAGCUGCCUCUGCGCCUCCUCGAAGUCAAAGUCGAUGUAGAGAGCGCGAACAAAGUCCGUAACGGGGUCGGAGUACUCGUAGCCCUCCUGCUUCACGAUGCGGACAACGUCCUUGAGCUGCUUCUGGUAAGCACCAGUGUUGCGUGCGCGGCCGCGACCGGCGAUGACAACGACGGCCAGGUAACGCAGAAUCCACGGGCACGAGGUCUGGAUGGUGUUGAUGUAGUUGGGCGAGAAGAACAUCUCGAGCAAGGCCUCACGCGAGUUCUCGUCGUUGAACAGAGGGAACAGGGCCCAGUGGGUCAGCCACGUCCUGUGCUGCAGCUGCGCCAACGGGUUGUUGAAAAGCCUCGAGUCGAUAUCCUCGCGGACCUUUUUGAGCUCCUCCAUGGCACCCUCCCAGUUUCCAGACAGAAUCUCAGAUGCGAGCUUGCCCCACGUUGCCGCCGAGACCUUGUCGUUGUCCGUAGAGAGGACACGGAACUGGUACAGAAGCUCUGCCGCCGCCGGGUAGUUGCCGCAGCUGUACUGGAAGUUACCAAAGUCGUACAGUGCUGUGACCAUUUCGAUGGUGACAUCGUGCUCCUUCUUCAAAAACUCCAAGUUGGCCACCUUGUCGCUACGCAGGUUGGAGAUGACCUCCUCGCGGUCCAGCAGAUCCCUCAGCUUGCUGACCGAGUCCUCAAAGUCCUGCAGCUGCUUGAUGACCUUUUGCCUCUUCUCAGCGUACUCUGCGGGCGGCUCGUCGGUGCCCUCAAGCUCGCAGUGGAGGUUGGCGACGUAGUCGGUCAUGUUUGUCUUCUUGAGGAGCUCAAACUUGGCCUUGGUCAUCUCGCGCGCCUUCUCGACGUUCCUGGGCUCGUUGGUCUCCUCAUCGUAGUACUGGGCGCUGGCGGCGUCGAGGAGCGGGAAGAUCAGGUGGCGGUCGAGGUUCUUGACCAGCUUCGGGAGGAGGUCGAACUGGGCGAGCGAGUUGUCCUCGCUUUCAGCGGACGGCGCCAUGAUGGAUAAUGGUUGUGUGGGCUGGUUGGUGGGAUUGGUGAAAUCGACUAUAAUUUCCCGUCGAGUUGGCUUUCUUUUUUGUUGCUACAGUAGUUCAAGGUGCAGAUUUUUGCACUCUUGCUUUCUCGGGUUUCGCUUUCGUUGCCCUUCAAUUUGACAGCAAAGCCAAAAUCGUCGUCGUCGCCAGCCCGAUUCCGA